GCGCAAUACGGCAUUAUCUAUUCAUCUGUCACAUUCGUUCGUCGUUUUUCCGGGAGGGAAAAAUGAAGCUCUAAUCCAUCGCCGGCUCCAACACAAUCUUCCUCACCAAACACUCCAACUCCCUAACUUAGAUGCGGUUGAAGCUGUCGCUAAUACCCUGAUCCUGCGCUUAUACUCUCCCCACUACCUUAUUCUUUUCCAGACGCCCUCUAACUUCGUGAGCUAUCGGUCGUUAUCUUCGGGGAGUCUCGCGCUACAGAAUUGUAGCAUCUCUAUACCGGUAGAAUGCCGGAGAGGCACUUGCGUAUUGCCCGCUUCGUGAGCUUAGCUGCCUCGACAUGUAUUUCACUAGCCUGUGGGACAAAUUAUGUCUAUUCGGCCUAUGCCCCCCAACUAGCCACUAGGCUCCACCUCACUGCGACGGAGAGUAAUUUGAUUGGAACAUUUGGGAAUUUAGGAAUGUACCUUUCGGGGAUACCAAGUGGAAUUCUAGUGGACUCUAAAGGGCCCCGGCUGCCUCUUCUCAUAGGUGCUGCGGCAUUGCUGAUUGGGUAUUAUCCAAUGUAUCUAGCCAUGGAGGGUGGGAAGGGAUCGACGAACGUCUUCGCGUUGUGCUUUUUCUCCGCACUCACAGGUGUCGGGAGUUGUUGCGCCUUUGGUGGAGCCAUGAAAGCUGCUGCUCUCAAUUUCCCACAGAAUCGAGGGACAGCAACGGCUCUGCCCUUGGCGGCUUUUGGUCUCAGUGCCUUCUUCUUUUCGUUCAUCUCUUCAUGGCUAUUCCCGGGGAACACCAGCGACUUCCUGCUUGUCCUUUGCCUGGCAACCAGUAGCAUCGUUUUUAUAUCCUUCUUUUUCCUCCGUGUCAUUCCUGUCCCAAGGGCAUACUCUGCAAUACCCCCUCUGGAUAUUCCAAGAGGUAACAGACUUCGCCGGACAAAAUCCGGUGAAGACCGACACUCGCCAGUGAUGAGUUCCUAUGUUGAACCAGGUACGAGCACCACCAGUCAUGAUACAAUCGUCGCGGUAGCGAAUCCGGAUCCCAUGCCAGAUGAAAGCUCUUCAUUCCUCACGAAAUCUUCUUCGAGUGGUGGAAGUGAGGAAAAUCGAGUGGAUGCAGAGAGUAAUUACGGACAAGCUGUUGGCAAUAGUGACAUUCAUAUAGAUAUUCGUGGCUGGGCUUUGGCCUACAAGCCUGAAUUCUGGCUAUUAUUUUCUCUCCUAGGGCUUCUCACUGGAACUGGUCUGAUGACUAUAAACAAUAUCGGACACUCCGUUCAAGCAUUGUGGGCGAAAUUUGCGCCUGACGAGCACCCAGAUUAUGUCCAGGGGCAACAGUCUCUGCAUGUCUCCAUACUUUCGCUAUGUAGCUUUUGUGGUCGUAUGCUCAGUGGGGUAUCUUCUGAUAUAAUCCACCGGAAGUACGGACUCCAGCGCCUUUGGUUGAUUGUAGCGUCGGCGAGCAUAUUUUCACUGGCACAAUUGUGUGCGUUAACCGUUGAGAACCCCAAUUGGCUUUGGUUGGUCUCUUCGUUGAGUGGUCUUGGAUACGGUGUUCUGUUUGGUGUUUAUCCAACAAUAAUUUCGGAAGAAUUUGGCCUACAUGGCCUAUCGCAAAACUGGGGGACGAUGACAGUGUCAGCAGUGAUUUCGGGCCAAAUCUUUAAUAUUUUCUACGGUCGGGUAUAUGAUGACCACAGCGUUAUCACCCCCGAGGGUCCUCGUGAAUGUAAUCUCGGCCUUGAGUGUUACCGUAGCAGUUAUUGGAUUACGCUCGGGGCUGCAUUGUUAGGCCUUGUUACCGCGCUGGGGACCAUCCAACGCCAUCGCAGGCGGUCGGGAUAUGCGAGUAUCAGCACUCAUUCUGCUUGAAGUAGGCUGAGGUUAUUGUCGUAAACACUCGACACCACCGCAAAAAAAAUGAACUCGCCUUCAUUUUCCUCCUCUACGGCAUCUAAAGUUUUUCCUAUCCCCCGCAAAGAUUCCAAUCUCGUGUGAAUUAGACAACAUUUUGAGUACCAAUUGCA